UAUUGGACUGUACUAUACGUUGAUAAUGUGUGAACAGGCGGUCGAAUAUUUUCGCAAUUGCAGUCAAAUAAAGAAAAAUGACGCGUCGCAGAUUAUUUGGUGUCAUGCAGUCAAUAGCAGGAGCAGACUGAACAAGGCUCUUAACGGUCCCACUCAUAUGAUUGAAGCGGACAUAUUAAUGAGAGGUUGUGACCCCAAAGAGCCGAUCAUGGCGCACCCCCCUGACACUGACAGUGACAUCACUCUGAAGGAGUGGCUUGAAAGAGUCAGGCUGCACAACAAGGGUGUGAAACUAGACUUCAAGAGCCUGGAGGCGGUGUCUCUCUCCACCUCCAUGUUGCAAGAGGUGCUGUCUCAGGUCCGCGUUCCGGUGUGGGUCAACGCCGAUAUCCUCACAGGACCUGGGGGUCAAAAAGCACCGUUGGAACCUCAAGCUUUCCUGAGUAUUGUGAGAACGCUUCCCAGUAACGUUGUGCUUUCCAUUGGCUGGACAACUGGCUGGACUGCUGGGACUGAUAAUCCAGGUUACAGUUGGGACAUGGUGCAUGAGAUGGAGGCCAUUUGUCGAGGCCUCAAACAUCUGGUCACCUUCCCAGUGCGUGCAGCUCUUCUGGCCAAGUCCGUUUCUCAGCUCACAUGGUUGCUGCAAGAGUCCAAUAGGUAUUCUCUCACAGUGUGGACAGGCCAGAAUGAUACGUUUACUAUACAGGAUCUGCUUCCUUACAGAACACAGAUGGAUGUCAGCAGAAUCUGCUAUGACCUACCAGAUAUUAUACGGACAGAGCUCAUUAACAUAUCACAAGAUAAUAUCUGUUAAUGACAUUUUUACCAAGCUGACUGUAGGAGACAGAAAUGUGUAUAUAAUAGAGGUGAGGGAAUAAUCCAUUUUUAGAUACAUCGCAUAUCGGACAUGGCCGAUUGUAAAAUAAAUUAGUAAACGUAAAUAAUCGAUAAUCGAUUUCUUUAUUGUAAAUUAAGUAAUGCAGACAGUUCUACAAUUUGUCUGACUGCAGCGAGCCACCUCGUUGAGAGAUACAACCAACUCCUUUAUUUUUGGGCACUUAAGAUCCAGUUUUGUACAUAUUUCCAUUAAUUUAAUAAAUGUGAUGGGAUUUAAUUUAACUGUUUCUUAUUACAAAUGCAUUGUUUUUAAAGUUGCAAGUGCUAAACACUUAUUUAGUGAAACAAAAAGAAAUGUAAAACUGUAUCAAUAUAUAUGUACAAACGUUUGUAGAUUAAAGAUGCAUCAAUAAUCUAAUUUUAAUUGAAUUGUAGCUCCUGAAUGGUAAUCGUAAUCGAAUGGUGAGGUGCCUGGAGAUUCCCACUUCUUGAGCAAAAGCUGUGAAUACUUAUGCACGUGUGAUUUUUUUAUUUUUAAUACAUUUGCAAAAACACAACACUUUUUCACAUCGUCAUUAUUGGUUAUUGUGUGUAGAAUUUUGAGGACUAAAAUGAAUUAAUUCCAAUUUGGAAUAAUGCUGUAACAGGAAAUGUGGAAUACGGUAAGUGAAUGUACAAAUAUUUGGACAAUGUGGUGUCUUUUUACAUUGUGCUUUUUACUAAAUUAACUGGAAAUAAAAUAAUCAACUUUAAGUUUAAAUUCUUUAUUUACCCCUAAUCCCAAUCCAGGGCAUUCACUUGUGCAAGAUGUGAUUUU